AGCUAAACUUUGGUAGUUGAAAGUUGAAACUUUGUACCUCUCUCCCCCACUCUAUCUCUCUCUCAAUCUCUCUCUCUCUCUGCAUUGGUCCCCCUGCAAGUCUGCAAGCCUUUCGCCGUCUUCUACGUCCACCGUCCACUUGGAUUCUCUCUCUCUCUCUCUCUCUCUCUGUGAAAUCAUGGGUUCUCUUUGUUCGAGCUCAGUUUUACUAACUCUUAAGAGCUUUUUCUGAUUUACCAUGUGGAUUGGUGUAAUUUGACUAGUUCGAGGAACUCUGAUUUCCCCAAAAUCAAGUUUCUUGUAUCCCUUUUGUUAAUGCCCUGUGUGUAUAUGAUUAUAUUUCUAGCUGGGUAUUAUUGGGUAUUAUUGGGUUGUGCAGAUUUUCGGGUGUUCUUCAAGUUUAGAUUGUUGGGUAGUUGGGGUUUUGCUUAAGAUUGUUGAUUAAUUUAAGGAGAUGUAAUCUCUUUUCUGGGUUUUUCGUUUAAUUACUAAAAAAAGUGAAAAGAACUAAUUUUUAACUCAAAGGAGCUCAAAUUAGAGGUUUUUUAGGGAUCUUUGGCAGCCAUUAAAGAAUUAAUUUGACUGCUCACUUUUAUGUUUAUAAAACUAAGUUGUAUAUUUUAUUUUACUUACUGAUAGAGACUUUAGUAUUUAAAGAAAGAUUUUAUUCUGUAAAUUAUAACUGCAAGGAAUAUAAUUUCUUUUCUUUUUUUCCACUAUAAGUUGAACUGGGACUGUCUUAUAGUGGGGUUUUGGUUGGGAGUUUACGUCUUCAAACACUCUUGCCUCUUGGCAUUAUAUAUAUAUAUACAUACUAUAUACUUAUUUAUGGUGCUUUGAACUCGACACCUAGAUCAAGCCUACUGUGUAGAAGCUACCAAUAAUGGCUAUGUUCUUGAAGCUUUGUGGAAAUUCAGAAUAACACAGUGCUUUACAGCUCUUCACCAUGCCUUUGUCCGAGCUUUAUCGGAUGGCCGGGAGGGUUGAUUCAAGUCAAGAUUUUGAACCUGUAAAUGACUUUGUUGAGCUAGUAUGGGAAAAUGGUCAAAUUAUGAUGCAAGGCCAGUCUAGUAGAACUAGAAAGAGUCCAACUUGUAAUAAUAGCUUACCUUCUUACAACCCCAAGAAUCGAGAUAAAGAUGUAGGAAAUGGCAACAUUGCGAAGACAGGGAAGUUUGGAUCGGUGGAGUCUGUAUUGGAUGAAAUUCCGUUGUCGGUGCCAUCUUCCGAAAUGGGUUUGAGUGAAGAUGAUGAAAUGUUGCCUUGGUUGAAUUAUUCCAUUGAUGAACCUUUACAUCAUGAAUACUGUCAUGAAUUUUUGCCUGAAUUAUCCACUGUCACUGCAAAUGAGAUUUCCAGCAAUAGCAAUCUUGCCUCAAUGGAUAAAAGGAGUAGUUCUAGUCAGGUAUAUAGGGACUCCAAUACCAACUCUGCACAUGAAGGUGCUUAUUUGGAGCAAAGGAAUGCGCCAAAGGUUACUUCAAUAGAUGGUGCUGAUGUUAGCAGACCUAGAACUGGUACCAGUCAAUUUUACCCAUUAUCAUCACAGCAAUCCCAAUCAUUAUUUCCAUCUUUCAGAUCAAGGGUUUCGGAUAUUGUUGGUGAUAAUACGGGUAGUGCCACCCAUCCUACUGUUUGCAAGAAUUCAACUCAGGUUUCAUCCGCAGGUGUUUUUCCUGGCAUAAAAAUGCAGAGGCAAGAUCCAGUAAUGCCUAGUAAUAAUAAUUCAUCCGUAGUGAACUUUUCCCAUUUCUCACGACCAGCUGCUCUUGUGAAAUCUAAUCUUCAGAGCAUUGGUGCGGUGGCUGGCUCGGGUUUAUCAAGCAUGGAAAGGAUUGGAACUAAGGGCAAGGUUUCAGCUGCAACUAGUAACAAUCCUCCUGAGACAACUCUAAUCGAUUCAAGCAGCGGUUUAGCAAAGGAGUCAAAUUCACAAUGCCAACAUAUUACAGGGACAUCCAAUGUUGAAUUGAAACCAACAGAAGCUAAGCCUCUUGAGGAAUCAUGUGCUGCUAAACAGUCUGAGGCGGCAUGCCAAGAGGAUACCUCUAAGAAUGACACAAACACCAAUCAUAUUCCUUGUGAAAGUGCAAAUAGGGUACUUCGGGAUGGUGAAAAAACUUUGGAGCCUGUCGUUGCUUCUUCUGUUUGCUCAGGCAAUAGUGUGGAGAGAGCUUCAGAUGACCCAACACAUGCUUUGAAGAGAAAAUCUCGUGAUACUGACGAGUCUGAAUGCCAUAGUGACGAUGUGGAGGAAGAAUCUGUGGGGGUGAAAAAAAUAGCUCAUGCUCGGGGCAUGGGUUCGAAGAGAAGCAGAGCAGCAGAAGUGCAUAAUUUAUCAGAAAGGAGGCGAAGGGAUAGAAUCAAUGAGAAGAUGCGUGCUCUACAAGAACUCAUACCCAAUUGCAAUAAGGUGGACAAAGCUUCAAUGCUUGACGAGGCUAUUGAAUAUUUGAAGACACUUCAGCUCCAAGUACAGAUUAUGUCAAUGGGAGCUGGUUUGUAUAUGCCACCAAUGAUGUUUCCAGCAGGAAUGCAACACAUGCAUGCACCCCGUAUGGCUCAUUUCUCGCCCAUGGGUCUUGGAAUGGGAAUGGGGAUGGGAUUAGGCAUGGGUUUUGGGAUGGGUAUGCCCGACAUGAAUGGUGGAUCUUCUGGUUACCCUAUGCUUCAGGUGCCCCCCAUGCAAGGAGCACAUUUCCCUAAUUCACCUAUGGCAGGGCAUGCCUUCAAUGGGAUGAUAGGAUCUAACCUUCAGAUGUUUGGGCUUCCUGGUCAAGGAGUUCCCAUGCCGAUGCAACGGCCGCCCUUAGUUCCUUCAUCAGGAGGUCCCUUUAUGAAGUCAUCUGUAGGACUAAAUGCAUGUGGUGCAGGAGGCCCUAUGGAAAAUGCGGAAUCAGCUCCAGUUUCUGGUUCAAAGGAUUCAGUUCAGAACAUGAACUCUCAAGUCGUGCAAAACACCAAUGCCAAUAGCUCUAUGAAUCAGACAUCUAGUCAGUGCCAAGCAACUAAUGAGGGCUUUGUACAGCCUGCUUUGGUGCGUAAUAAUGUUCAAGCGGCCGAUGUUGAUAACAACAGAGCUAACAGAUCUUCUAACGGAAAUGACGUUGUGCUUAGUAGAACAGCUAGUUAAGCAGUUCUACUUCUAUCUGUGGUUGGAGGAGAGAAAUCGAUGAUGCAGCAUCUUGAGAUUGGAUCUUUUGCUUGUUUCAGAUCCGGGUAGAUACAAUUUAAAGUACAAAGCACCUCUGAGUCGAUCUUGAACCUUUGCAAUAACCAUCUGAAUUAUAAUUUCAGGAGAGCACAAUUACAUGUUGCACAGAUUUUGGUACCUUGAGAAGACUUGAAGUCCCUUCUAGCGUUUGUACAUUCACUUUGUAGCCGGUGAGGUAAUGCAGCAAAGUAUAAGAGUUGAAUAUACCGGAAAUAUAUGUAUCAAAUGUGUGUUUUUGGACAUAUUAUAACAAUUCUUUGAAUUAAUGACAAUGAGAGUAAUGUCUUAAUAAUA